UCUGGAAGCCUGAGACGAGAGGGGAAGCCUGUAAACGCUGUCGCAAAAAUGGCGUUGAAUUUCAAGUGUCAACGUUGUGCAAGACCAUACAUCGUGCCAGAGGAUGAAACUGUAGGGAACCUCCCUCGCCUUCUACUCUGUGGGCAUGUGUUCUGUCAGUCAUGCUUGCAUGAUAUGAAACAGGUUGAAUCUGUGAAAUGUCCACACUGUGGGGUGGAAACUACUUUAGUAAACCAUGAUGUUGAAAGUCUUCCAUUUGAAAACAAAAUCAUUGAGAAUCUUUUUAUGGAGAAAAUGGAAAUCAACAAAAAUAAAUCACCAGGUGAGAGCACUCAAGAUAUCGGCUAUGUAUGUGAAAUGGGUUCUGAAAAGUUUAGUGAAUUAGACAAGGCUGUUUCCUCUGCUUCUGAAUACUUAAAUUAUCUGAAUGCAGCACAAAUGGUGCUAAAUAAUGGUUUGGAAGUACAAAUAAAGCAUGACAAGUUCAGGCUUUCACAGGAAAUAGAGACUGCUUUUAACACUGCAUAUGAAGUGCUGCUGGAAAGAAGGAAGGAGAUGAUUGAAGAAGUUAAUGCUAAUGAGUCUUUUAUCAUAACCAAGGAACUUCUGAAGAAAAUAGAGAAGAAGAAAAGAGACUUGGAAAACAUUAUGCAGACUGGGAAACAAGUUAGACAAUUUCCGGUACUCCUUAACUGUUUAGAUUUGGAAAAGGUACUCAUUUUAAGUUGUUUAAAAAUAUAUAUCAUCAAGCCUAAAAAUUAUCUCUGCAGUAAACUUUUUAAACUAUUUUUAGGCAUACCAUAAAGGAUAUUGUGGUGUUUGUUUCUUUUUUUUUGACCAAGGAACCUAUAUUUGUAAAUUUUGAAAGAUGUCCUGUUUUGUCAGUUUAAGGGAAUUAAAUGUGCCCUGUAGUGCAGGGAUUAACUUGGUUCAUAAUAUGUGUACCUGUUUUAGAGCAGCUGUGUCUGUGUUGAUAUGACCAGAACUAUACACAGUAUAUCGUCUUAUUAUAGAUUUUGAGGAUAAUGUCCAUUGAAUUCUUAAGAGUUAUUAAGAUAUAACUUAAGAUGUAACAUUUUAUAGAUGUAUUUUUUAAUAGAUGAUUAGAAUGUAAAUCUAUAAUUCUUUGUACUGAUUACUUUGUGUGAAUCUUAUGUAACACAUCAUCACCCAGCUUACAUAAAAUUACAACAACCC